UGGAUCCCUCAACGUACUGCGAGAGCCCGGUGUACAGCCCGGACCUGUGCCCCAACAUGAUCGCCGCGCAGGCCAAGCUGGUCUACCAGCUCAACAAAUACUACACGGAGCGCUGCCAGGCGCGCAAGGCGGCCAUCGCCAAGACCAUCCGGGAGGUGUGCAAGGUCGUGUCGGACGUGCUGAAGGAGGUGGAGGUGCAGGAACCGCGCUUCAUCAGCUCCCUGAGCGAGAUCGACGCCCGCUACGAGGGGCUGGAGGUGAUCUCGCCCACCGAGUUCGAGGUGGUGCUCUACCUCAACCAGAUGGGCGUCUUCAACUUCGUGGACGACGGCUCCCUGCCGGGCUGCGCCGUGCUCAAGCUGAGCGACGGCCGCAAGCGCAGCAUGUCCCUCUGGGUGGAGUUCAUCACCGCCUCGGGCUACCUGUCCGCCCGCAAGAUCCGCUCCCGCUUCCAGACGCUGGUGGCUCAGGCCGUGGACAAGUGCAGCUACCGGGACGUGGUGAAGAUGAUCGCGGACACGAGCGAGGUGAAGCUCCGCAUCCGGGAGCGGUACGUGGUGCAGAUCACGCCCGCCUUCAAGUGCACCGGGAUCUGGCCGCGCAGCGCGGCGCAGUGGCCCAUGCCCCACAUCCCCUGGCCCGGCCCCAACCGGGUGGCGGAGGUGAAGGCGGAGGGCUUCAACCUGCUCUCCAAGGAGUGCUACUCGCUGACGGGCAAGCAGAGCUCGGCCGAGAGCGACGCGUGGGUGCUGCAGUUCGGCGAGGCCGAGAACCGGCUGCUGAUGGGCGGCUGCCGGAACAAGUGCCUGUCGGUGCUGAAGACGCUGCGCGACCGGCACCUGGAGCUGCCCGGGCAGCCCCUCAACAACUACCACAUGAAGACGCUGCUGCUGUACGAGUGCGAGAAACACCCGCGGGAGACCGACUGGGACGAGGCGUGCCUGGGCGACCGGCUGAACGGCAUCCUCCUGCAGCUCAUCUCCUGCCUGCAGUGCCGGCGCUGCCCCCACUACUUCCUGCCCAACCUAGACCUCUUUCAGGGCAAACCCCACUCUGCCCUGGAAAGCGCUGCCAAACAGACCUGGAGGCUAGCCAGAGAAAUCCUCACCAAUCCCAAAAGCCUCGACAAGCUAUAGGGUUAACACGCCCGCGCACAAAAACUCGCCCUCCGUAAACAACAACAGCGCCUAAAAAACUUUCUAUUUAACGCGAACGACGACGGAAAGAGGCGGCGAAAGACAAGCGCCCCCGCCACCCCCCCACCCACCUGCAGUUCGGCCUUUAAAAACUUGCCGAUGGUUUUCCCGGCAUAAACUCUCACCGCCUUGCACAGAAAAAGGGAAGAGCCUCUCUCCUCCUGUCCUCCAAUGUGAAUUUUUAAAAGGUCACAAAAAGAAGCGAUCGGACUUUUGCAACUUCAAAACGAAACGCGAAAGGUACAUUUUCCAAUCCAUGUAUAGUCCUUUUCUUAUGCUCUCUUGUUUGCCUGAAUGUUGUCACCAAGUGAAAAAAAUUAUUUAACUAUAUGUACAAAUCUCCCUUUAAAAAAGUUUUACUGAUGUUAAAUGUAUUUCGGUGCCAAGGUCAGAUUAUGUGCCCCACAACUGACUUGUUGCAAAUAGUAAUAAAAAUAUUACUUUAACUUUA